AUGAUACCCGACACCUCAACUGGUGACUUUGAAAAGCAUGUCAAUGUUGUUCAUAACGGGAAGUCAGAAGUAAAGAUCAACAUAGAAACCAAAGAUCACGAAGGUUUUCAUAAGAAGUAUUUGGAUUAUGAAGAUUUUGGGAAGAGAGUUAUAACAAUUGCAGGUGAAAACAGAGGUGCUAUUAUGGAAUUGAGUCCCUCCCGCAAGAAACAUGACAUUGUGGGCAACCCUAAUGGUCUUCACAAGAAAGGCGGCAAUCCCACAGCUUCGAUCAGCGAAUGUGAGAAAUCCGAAAGGGAGAGUAAUGAAGAAGGGAAGUCAGCAUUGAAAACUACAUUCAUGAACAGCAACGUGCAGGGUGUGAACGAUUCCAUUCUCUACAACUCUUUUUUCACUCACCAUGAUCCUGGUGUUCGCCUCUGUGUCUUUGGAAAGGCCAACGGUGGUGGCCAUGGAGCUCAGCUCAAUGACUGA